GAGACACAGACACACAGAGACAGACANCUGGUUCUUUGCAUCCAACAGUUGUUGAUGGCAAAGUGACACUGGCAGCAAGGAUGCAAUCCGGUGAGUGGCUGCCUUUGGGUUGGAUGCAUGCUGGCGUUGUGGAGCAUUGGCAGUUCUUGGUGGUGGUGACACGUGUUUCCGUUUGCAAUCCUCAUGUGAGGGACCGGCGAUUGCUGGAGGAACACGCUCAACGUUGUUGGGAGAAGAUAAGGGAGGAAGAUCGGCAGAUGGUGUGCAUGGGAUAUGACGACCACAAUGACCGGGCGAUGUGGUUCAUUGUGGAAGACGCGUGCACCGACCAACCACGGCCCUCGACGAAUAACUUGUUGCUGGAGGGCAUUCGACGCAGAUACGGGUGCACAUCACUACUUGGGUGGGUCCCUGUCGUCUGUCCCAUGACAUAUGAGCAUGGGGAACAGAUGUGCAUGAGAUUGAGAGACCCUCUCGGUGUCCCUUUCCAGCUCACGUUCAUGGAUGGACUGCUGCGACACAUUCAGUACGCGGGUGAUGACGACGGUCGUGCUGCAAUCAACCCUCAACAAACAGCACAGCAGCAGCAGGACAUUUCACAUUUCUCCUCUGAGGUCGACGCUCCGGAAAUGGCACAUGAUGGGGGAUGUUCUCACGCACAGCCCGACGACGAUGACACCCCUGUGGAGCACAWGACAGGGAGGGCAGAGAAGAAGAAGAAGCAGUGCACGUCCAGGCCGCCUCGUCAUCCCAGGAGUCCCACAAAAGCACAAGGCAAAGAAAAAGUUGUCCCACGUAGAGGCGAGACUCCCAAAGCAGCCGCUGCCCCAGCUCCUAAGCGCAGACGCCGCCCGGGGAUGGCAGCAUUGGCAGAGAUUCGGCAACUCCAACAAUCUACUAACUUGUGCAUCGCUUUGAGGCCGUUUAUGAGGGUAGUGGGCGAGAUCGUCGAAACAGAUAUCGCACCGGGGAAGUCUAUGAGGUUUCAGAUGAGCGCCAUACGUGCAUCGAUGGAAGCGGCGGAAGCACAUCUCAUCAACCAUUUCGAGAGAACGAACAUCAUUGCUAUCCACUGCAAGAGGGUGACGAUCCAGCUGAAGGACCUGAGGCUGGUUGAUAACUUGUCCAAGGCUCGUUGGGAAUACAGAUACCAAGGCAUUACCGACGAGCAGAAGAGAGCAGAAAAGCUACGUCAGAUGAAUGCUGCAAGGCAAGAGGAAAGAGAUGCGCGGGCGGGGAAGGGGCUGUCAGGGAAGACAGCAGCAGCACACAAAGGCGGUGACACUCCAGCGGCGUCAUCGAAGAGGAAAGGAGCCCCGCGCCGCCAGGCUGAAGCUGCAGGGUGGCAAGAGAAGAAUCUACGCAGUGAUGAUUGGCCCGAAGAAGCGCAUGUCAUUCUGUGGUACCGCGACAAGCGCACAACAUUCGCUGACCUCGUGCGUGCUGCACUGAACAACGUUGAAACGGUGUUUUGCCUCGAAAUACAACAUCCCGGGGAAGACAUCAAAAUCUGCGACUCUCGCACGGGGCAGUUGAGUCACCAUGUCCAAACUGUUAUCAGAGCGGACAAGGGUGUGGACACGAAUGAUAGAACACGUUAUGUCAUCCCUCUGUCUCUGUAUUCAGACAAGACUCAUGUAGACGGUCGUCAAAAGCAGACAGCGUAUCCUCUGAUGAUGUCAAUCGCCCAUCGCCCAUCAGAUGUCACACUGCUUGCGUAUCUUCCAGUGCUUCAACACCGGCCACGUGACAAGGGCUGGGGUCCGCACUCCACCGCGUUUAGAAAACAGAAAACUGUGAUAUUGCAUAAAGCGUUGUCAACAGUAUUGCAGUCUGCAAAGGAGGCAUCCCAUGACGGCAUGAUGGUAACAACGGAGCGGUUCGGUGAGAUAACAGUGCACCCUUUCGUCAUGAACUAUAUACAGGACUAUCCUGAAAGGUGUGCCCUUGCAACUGUGAAAUUCGAUGUUUGUCCAACAUGCACAGUGUCCAAAGACGAUUUGGAUGUCAUCGCCGAUUUCACCAACUGCAGGAGAUCGCAGACGCUAGAGACGCAACUUGCCGCGGACUGCUUCAACAGUGGGGACAACGACAUUCGUCGUGCUGCUGAGGCACGAAUGUCAGAAUUGGACAUGCAUAAGCAUGUUCAAGAGAACGACCUAUGGGGAUUCUACAGAGGUCCGCAUGGUGACGAUCCUGAACUAGAUUACCAUCUCGCUUUGCAACCAGACCCUCAGGAGGAAGACGAAGAGGAAAACUGUGCGGAAGAAAUGUCAAAAGAAGUAGAACACGAGAGAAUGCAAGAACGAGGAGAAGGUGACAACAGUGACGGUCAGCAUGAUGUCGAUGCAGAGGAGAGCGAUCCGGAGGGAGAAGAGGCAGAGGGAGAGGACAGAUCCGAGGAGGGCGGAGAGGCAGAGGAAGACAACAGUGAAGACGAAGAAAGAGAGAUUACAUCUGCUGAGAACAGUGCACAAUGCGGAACUGAUGAGAAAAAGGGAAGCGCACCGGAGACUUCAUCGAACGACAAACAAAUUGUGGAGAGGGAGAGUGUACCGCUACAGGGUAAGAUGAAGGGCGCCUUAUAAAGACACCACUAUUUAUACACAGCACAGUCGUUGUUGCAUGCCGCAGAAAUGACGAGGUUCACGGGGGGGAGGGGGGGAAGGGGAGGGGGUCUUUAUGAGAGGUGUUACGAAGUGUAUUCGGAGGAGGAUAUGGCAGGGGAGUUGACGGUCUUAUGUUUGUUUGUGAUUGCAACACAUAAAACACGUAUCGCGGAGGGUCUUCUUAUUACUAAAUCAAUAAUUUGUUGUUAUUUUUGUAUUUUUUUUCCAUAUUGCACCAAUUUGCGUAGGCGAAGCAGCACCGGUGGAGGCAAUGCUGGCGAACCAACAGAGCAACAAACCGGGGGUUUUACAAAGAAAAUGAAAGACAGACUGUUUC